UUUUUUAAAAUUAUUAUUUCAGCAAUUGUAUUAAUUUAUUUUGCAGAUUUAAAAAGUUAACUUUAAUUAUAAAAAUGAACGAGUACUUCAGUUCUCGAAGCAUGGGAAUCUCCAGUGACUUUGAGGCACUGUGUGAGAGAUUUCGAAGCUUGCACUCAAUCAGCUAUGCCGAUUUCUUGAAGGUUUGGACCGACAUGCACUUUGAUUGCCUAUUUUCCGGCAGAAUAAAUGACAGGGAAUGUCGAGAGUUCACAGAAGAGUGCAUGAAGUUGGUGUCGAUAUUUUUGAAUCCCGUCCAGCCAUUCAGCAUCAGGGUAUGCAGUAUAUAUCUGUUCUACGCCUUGUACCAUACACAUCCAUUUCAGCCUAAAGUGAAAGUGAGGUUGACAUUGCAGGAGUGGGAGGACUUGUUAAUGUUUGUAGAUGAUGUCAAGCAUAGAGCCAACCAACUUUACACACAGCACCGUGAAAGGAAUGCUAUUCUCAUCAACGACGAGGAAGCCAAUGACGUGAUAAACGUUAGUGGCUACAACGACAACAACAACAUCAACGAUGACAUUAUAAACAUCGACGAUGACGAUGAUGUCCGAAACAAAAUCGUUGGUGUCGUUAAAACUGACGAUGAUGACAACAACAACAUCAACGAUGACAGCAAUAGAAAAGUUAACGUUGUUGGGGAUUGCAUUAAAAACCACAGCAACAACAACAUCUAUAACAUCAACAACAACAACAACAUAGAUGACGACAACAUUGACCUUAUCAGUAGUGUUGUUAGGGGUUAUGAUAAUAUUAUCAGUAAUAAUAAUAAUAAUAAUAAUAACAUCAAUAAUAGUAAUAAUAACAAUAAUAUCAGCGAUAAUUAUGAUAACAACGUUAAUUUGAAUAAGAAUGAAAAUGCUUACACCGGUAUUGAUAACAAUAAUGUAGCGAGAUAUAGUGAUAAUGACAACAUGAACAAUAGUGAUAAAAAUAGUAAAAAUAUCAAUAACAAUAUUAAUAAUAAUAAUAAUAAUAGUAAUAGUAAUAGUCUUUCAGUCAAUCAAUACAGUGAUGUGUUAUAUGCAUUUAAUUGCCUAAGAAGGCUCAAGGCAUUUCAAUUUGUUGCUUUUAAGACAGAGCUCCAUUCAUCGAUGAGGUUAUCUGGGGAGGUGUACAACGACGCUGAACAGCAGAAGAUUGACUUCUUGAUUAAAAGGCCGUCAGCUGUUUCGAAAAUUUUCAAUUCUGACGCCAUAGAUGAAAUGUCUGCCAUAGCAGAGGAAUACAGCAGACACAAGCAACUUAUAUGUGACACAAUAUUCAACGACCCGUCUUUGAGAGUUGUCGAUAAUACAAUUGUACAAAAUAUUACAAGAAUGGUCACCUCGCAUGACGAUUGGAAGAAGAAUAAAUCACUAAAGAAGAUAAGGAAGAGGUUGGACAGCGGCAGCCAUGUGACGUCUGAUUCUGAAGUUGAAUCAGAAGCCGACCAAACAUCAAGAGGUUCAACGCCAGUGAAGGAACCGCUGAAGACUCGCGGUGACAUACGAUCGGAGAUCAAGGCCAAGGCAUUCUCCUCGACUGCCACCAUCGCCAAAUACAACCAGCAGAGGUAUAAAGGAACCCCCAGGAAAACCUUCCCUUCCGGCACCGCUCUUGACGUCAGCGAUGGCGGUCUAACUAAUCGCACCAACACUAAUAAUAUUAGUGCUAGUAAUGGCAAAACGAAGAAUAAAAAGAAAAGUAAUAAUGCUAGUAAUAUUAAUGAUGAUGAUGAUGAUGGCGACGAUGAUGAUGAUGAUGGCGACGAUGACGUUGAGAUUAGCUUGAUUGAGAUUAAUAAAAGGAGUGGAAAGGGCAAAAAUGUCUCUAACGGUAAAAGCAAGGGGAAGAAAAAUAAUAUUAAUAGCAAUAAUGGUAAUGACAAAACGAAACCGAAACUAAAAACCUCAAAGAAGAAACAGAAAAAACCAAAGAAGGACGCUUCUUUCAAAGACGAUGGCGACGACUACUAUCAUGAUGUCGAUGAUGAGGAUGAUAAUGAUUGCCUAAUCGAGAUAACUCCUAGCAAGACUUCCUUCAAGAGAAAACGAGGCCCCAGUAUGGCGUUUGAAGCCAGUGCGCCCAAAAACUCUAAAAGAACGGGCGUCAAUAUGAGAUUGCCUAGCGCUAAAUCGAAAGUCAGAACAGCAACGAAAGGUACUACCGCUUCUACUGCUACUAACUCUAACGACGACAAUCGACAAAUUAAUAAUAAAAAUAAUAAUAACGACGACGAUGAUGACGAUUUCAUUGAAGACGAUGAUGGCGAUAUUGUAGUCAUCGAAGAGGCUCUUAUGAAAAAAUAA